UUGAAAAUAUAAGAAAUUUACUCAUAAAACACACUAAAACAUAUCCACUAACAAAUAGUGCAAAUAAAAUAAUCAUUCAACUGAUAUUUUAAAUAACGUGCCCCACAUUUGACACACAAAGACAAUGUCAGUCGAGAGUCAUACAAAAAAUACGGUCCCACCUAGUGGAUGCGCCCCAGAGACAGAAAAGCCCUAUGAUCUUCGUAAAGAAAUCAAUGGAAUGGCUAAACAUGUUGUAAAAUAUCACGAAUAUAAUUCUGAUUUUGAUAUGGAAAUUGACGACUUGAUCACACUUAAUGGAUUUAGCGUCGCUACUGUAUGGCGCUACCCAAAAGACAUAACAAACUGCCUAAGUCCUAGUUGUGGCCUUGAAUUCAAAAGUCGCUCUGCUGCAAUAAACCAUUACAGAAAACAACACGCUGCCCAUUUCAGUCUUUGUUCCAUUUGUGUCAAACCUGUUUCUGCGAGGAAUUUUAUACGGCAUUAUAAGAAAAUGCAUCCUGACAGUGAAGUGCCAACAUUUGUAAUUGGAGACAUCAAUCAUUCAAUGAAUGAACUAAUCCAUGAGCAAGAAGUGAAUGAAUCCGAUAAUAACCACAAGCGGACUGGCUCUAAAGACAAUUUGAUCACACUCAGCGGAUGCGGUGUGCAAACAUUUUGGCGAUUUCCUAAAGGCCAUUAGGAAACGUUGUCCAGUUCAUCAAUGCAAUUUUAUCUCUAAUUCCAAUUCAAAGUUAAUUGCUCACUACAAAGUCAAACAUGCCAAGCGAGCAAUACUGUGUGACAUAUGCAACAAACCGAUUUGCUCGCACGAGAAAACGAAAUUUCAAAAUCAUUUUCGGAGAAUGCAUCCAAAUGUGAAAGUUCCGUACGGACUUGGAAAUGGAAUGGUUGGGAAAACCAAGAGACGUCGAGUGAUCAACUUUACAUCGAAAAGCAAGAGAAACAAGAAAGCCAUCAUCAAGGGCAAGCGCAAGCAGUGUGAAUACUGUAGCAAUAUUCUCUUAACUAAAAAUUAUGCCCGACACUUAAGAGAAGUUCACGAUUUAGAAAUUCGAUGCCCUUCAAAAGACUGUGAAUACACAGCAGAACAAAUGUUCUUAAUACACCAGCACUGGAGCUACGAACACCCCUUUCUCCAAUUUCCAGAUAUUCGUAAAGGCACCGCCUUCAUUUACAAAAGAUCAUUGAGAAGAUCGCCAAGCAACAAUAACCAAAAAGAUGUUCGUCAAGAUGUCUCGGCACUUUCUGCAGAGGAUAGCCUACUAGCCCCUCUUCCCUAUCAAGCAACCGGAAGUGGAUUUUUAUCGGAAUUGUCUGAUCUUGAGAGUGACGACGAGUCUAUAUUUUCUGACAUGACUAAGAAAGCCACUCCACCUGAAACGAAUGGUAAUGCAUCAGUUGCUAUGAACCAGUCAAUAAGUGACGAAAUAAGCCCAGAAGUACGAUCAACUCAGCUGGAAUUGAUAGCACAAAGCAAUUCACAAAAACCAGCAGAUGUGCAAGCGAAAAGCAUGCUUCAAGUGACCAGAGUUUUUUCUAUACCAGAAUCAACGUUUAAAUUAAAUGCCGAAAAUGAUGACAUCGUAUCUAUAUCCGAUGACAAAACAAACGGUGAAGAGCAGCAAACUCAGGCGGGUAUCGAGCAAAGUGUUUCACCAAAUCAAAGAGUUCGUCAGUCAGGAAGCAUGGUUCAACAUGUAGAAAUGGACACCGUUCCACGGCCAGCUGUUGAAACGGACAUAAUUUCCAUUUCUGAUGAUGAAGAAUCGGUCAUCGAUAUUUCCGACGACACAGACGAGGAUGGAACAACAAAUGCUGUCGAGCAAGUGUCCAAAAGAGCACACAUUUCAGCAUUACAGGUUCUUUACAUGUUUCAAGAAGUUGACCCACCCAUUGAGGUACAAGAUGAUGAAGAAGGCUCACUUAUUGAACAACAACCUCAACAAAGGGUCAAUGGUGAAUUGGAUGAAAAUUUGCCAGCACCAGAGACAAUUGGAAUUCCCCAAGCUGCAAUCGAUGGAAUUGACGACACUAUGAAUGAUGAUUUUGACUGGAGCCUACUUCAGGACUGAAAUAGCGUUAAAUUCAAUGAAAUAUCUUGCAAAUACUUUAAAGCAAAAUAAGCUAAUUUUUAAUAAUAAUUCACUCAAUUUUUCAUACAAAAAAAAUCUUGCAAUUACAAAAUCACGUCAUUGAAC